AUGGCUUCUAAGGCCAAGAAAUCCUUAGUAGGGGGAAUGCCCCAGAAACGAAGGACCGGCCCCAAGCUUGAACUCACUGCGGACCAAAAGCAGCAAAUGCGAGGGGCUUUUGACCUGCUGGAUGUGGAUGGCACAGGAACCAUUGAGGUGAAAGACCUGAAGGUGUCCAUACGAGCUCUGGGGUUUGAACCCACAAAGGAAGAGCUCAAAAGAAUUGUGCUGGAAGUGGAUAAAGAAGGAACAGGAGAGAUCGGCUUCGAUGCUUUUUAUUCUGUGAUGACUCAAAAAAUGUCACAAACAGGUCCCAAAGAAGAAAUCCUGAAAUCCUUCAAGUUAUUUGAGGACAGCAAUAGUGGCAAAAUUUCUUUCAAGAACCUCAAGCAGAUUGCCAGUGAGACAGGGGAGAAACUAACAGAGGAAGAGUUGCAGGAAACGGUUGAUGAAGCUGAUCUGGAUGGAGACGGGGAGAUAAAGGAACAGGCAUUUCUGAAGAAAGCUGGCAACUGA